GAGUGCGGCAAAUCCUUCCGCUGGUCCUCGCGCCUGGCGCAUCACCUGCGCAGCCACACAGGUGAGCGCCCCUACAAGUGCCCCGAGUGCCCCAAGAGCUUCAAGCGCUCCUCGCUGCUGCAGACUCACCUGCGCGUGCACACGGGGCUGCGCGCCUUCAGGUGCGCCCAGUGCGGCCUCACCUUCAAGUGGGCGUCGCACUACCAGUACCACCUGCGGCAGCACUCAGGUGAGCGGCCCUACCGCUGCCCCACCUGCCCCAAGGCUUUCAAGAACUCCUCCAGCCUGCGGCGCCACCGCCACACCCACACAGGUGAGCGCCCGCACACCUGCGACACCUGCGGCAAGGGCUUCGCCCAGGCCACCAACCUGCGGCAGCACCUGCGGGUGCACACGGGCGAGCGGCCGUACACCUGCGCCACCUGCGGCAAGAGCUUCACGCACUCGUCCAACCUGCACCUGCACCGGCGCACGCACGGCCCCGCCCCGCAGUGCCCCGCCUGCGCCACGCCCUUGGCCUCGCGCGCCUGCCCGCAGCGGCACCUGCAGGGCCCCGCCCCGCCCGGCGCCGCCUCACCUGAGCCGCUCUGGAGGCCGCUGGGGCUCACCUGUGCCGAGCAGGAGGCGACGGCGACGCCGGCCACUCCCCCGGCCCCGCCCCACCGCUGCCUCACCUGCGGCAAGAGCUUCAAGAACGGCUCGGGGCUGGCGCGACACCUGCCCGGCCACGAGCGGCCCAGAGCCCCGCCCGCGCCAGGUGAGGCCGAGGCGCCGGCCCCGCCCGAGCGGCCGUACAGGUGCGGCGAGUGCGGCAAGGCCUUCAAGGGCUCCUCGGGGCUGCGCUACCACCUGCGCGACCACACAGGUGAGCGCCCCUACACCUGCUCCACCUGCGGCAAGAGCUUCAAACGCUCCUCGCUGCUGCAGACUCACCUGCGCGUGCACACGGGGCUGCGCGCCUUCAGGUGCGCCCAGUGCGGCCUCACCUUCAAGUGGGCGUCGCACUACCAGUACCACCUGCGGCAGCACUCAGGUGAGCGGCCCUACCGCUGCCCCACCUGCCCCAAGGCCUUCAAGAACUCCUCCAGCCUGCGGCGCCACCGCCACACCCACACGGGCGAGCGCCCGCACACCUGCGACACCUGCGGCAAGGGCUUCGCCCAGGCCACCAACCUGCGGCAGCACCUGCGGGUGCACACGGGCGAGCGGCCGUACACCUGCGCCACCUGCGGCAAGAGCUUCACGCACUCGUCCAACCUGCACCUGCACCGGCGCACGCACUCGGCGGCGCGGCCCUUCCGCUGCCCCACCUGUCCCAAGGCCUUCGUCAUGGCCGCCUACCUGCAGAGACACCUGCGCACGCACGGCCCCGCCCCGCGCCGCGCACCUGGCGGCGCCACGCCUGGCACUGCUGCACCUGUGCCCGCCGGCGCUUACCUGGUGCUGCCCGGUCCCGGCGGAGCCUCCCCGCGCAAGGUGCUGCUGGUGGCGGCCACGCCCGGGCACGCCCGGCCGCACCUGGCGCAGGUGGGCCGGGGGCAGCGCACCUGGCAGAGCGUCCUGCUCCUACCUGGGGCGGGGAGGGAGGGGACGGCAGCGGGGCUGCGGCUGCAGGUGGCUGAGGUGGCAGGGGUGGCAGGGGUCCCAGGUGUGGCAGGGCUUACAGGUAUGACAGGUGUUACAAGUCCUGGUGUGACAGGUAUGACAGGUGUUGGUGUCCCAGGUGUGACAGGUGUAGGUGUGACAGGGGUCACAGGUGUCACAGGGCUUACAGGUGUGGCAGGUGUAGGUGUGGCAGGUGUGACAGGUGUAGGUGUCACAGGGGUCACAGGUGUGACAGGUGUGACAGGUGUCCAGCUCCAGGUGCUGCCAGUGGCCACAGAGGUCACCAGUGUGCAAGGUGGGGAGCUGACAGGGGUGCAGCUCCAGGUGCUCCCAGUGCCUUCAGAAGUCACCAGCGUCCAGCUCCAGGCAGGUGAGGUCACCAACGUCCAGCUCCAGGUGCUGCCAGCACCACCUGAGGUCACCAACGUCCAGCUCUGCACAGGUGAGGUGACCAAUGUCCAGCUCCAGGUGUUGCCACCACCACCCCCAGGUGGCACAGGUGUGCAGCUCCAGACAGGUGAGGUGACCAAUGUCCAGCUCCAGGUGUUGCCACCACCACCUGAGGUGGCCAACGUCCACCUCCAGGCAGGUGAGGUGACCAAUGUCCAGCUCCAGGCCCUGCCGCUGUCCUCAGGUGUCACCAACGUGCAGCUCCAGGUGUUGCCACCACCUGCGGGUGGCACCAAUGUCCAGCUCCAGACAGGUGAGGUGGCCAAUGUCCAGCUCCAGGUGUUGCCACCACUUGCAGGUGGCACAGGUGUCCAGCUCCAGGCCACUGAGCUGCCCAGUGUCCACCUGGAGACCACAGAGGUGACCAGGGUCCACCUGGAGACCACCCAUAUGACCGAUGUCCACCUGGAGACAUCAGGGGUGACCAAUGCCCACCUGGACACCACGGAAGUGACUGAUGUCCACCUGGAGACCUCAGAGAUGACCAAUGGCCACCUGGACAUUUCAGAGGUGCCCUCUGACCACCUGGACAUCAUGGAAGUGACCGAUGCCCACCUGGAUGUGUCAGAGGUGACCGAUGUCCAUCUGGACACCACCCAGAUGCCCAGUGCCCACCUGGCCACCUCAGAGGUGACCAAUGUCCACCUGGACACCACGGAAGUGACCAAUGUCCACCUGGGGACCACGGAGGUGCCCAGUGCCCACCUGGACACCUCAGAAGUGCCCAGUGCCCACCUGGAGACCUCAGAGGUGCCCAGUGCACACCUGGAACCCACCCAGAUGACCAACGUCCACCUGGACACCACGGAAGUGACCGAUGUCCACCUGGACACCGCGGAGGUGACCGAUGUCCACCUGGAGACCUCAGAACUGCCCAGUGUUCACCUGGAGACCUCAGAGGUGCCCAAUGUCCACCUGGAGACCAUGGAGGAGGUGCCCAGUGCCCACCUGGACACCUCAGAACUGCCCAGUGCCCACCUGGACAUGUCAGAGGUGCCCAGUGCCCACCUGGAAGUGCCCAGUGCCCACCUGGACACCUCAGAACUGCCCAGUGCCCACCUGGACAUGUCAGAGGUGCCCAAUGUCCACCUGGAAGUGCCCAGUGCCCACCUGGAGACCCCUGAGGAGGUGCCCGGUGCCCACCUGGACACGUCAAAGGUGCCAGGUGCCCACCUGGAGCCCACAGAGGUGCACCUGGAACCCCCCUAG